AAUACACCCGCCCAAGACUGGUAUUGGAAGGAAAAAAAAAUACAACCGUAAGUAAUGGAAAUUGAAGCGGAUGAAUCAUUUAAGAAGGCUGGAGCUAUUCCAUUUAAAUGGGAAAUCCGACCCGGUGUACCCAAGCUCCAAUAUUCACAGCCAUCAACAUCACCACUGUCGCACGACAUUCCAGAAACCCCACGUAAGCUGAGACCUCCACCAGCAGCUAGUUUCAGUUUCCAACCACCAAAUCCGGAGCCCCGAACCCGAUCUUUCCGGUCAGCUCCACGGGCACGCUCCGAAAGGCACUAUCUGCUGACCCGACCCUCUAUGGGAGUUGUUGCAUCAGAUGGUUGCUUCCCCUCGAACACGAAGAAGAAGAAGAAGAAGAGGAGCAAGAAGACUGGACCCGAACCCGAAUCCGAACCUGAUUAUAUGUCGGAUCUUGAGACGGUUUCUAGAUGGUCUGUGUCGACCCGAAAGUCUGUUUCUCCAUUUCGUGACUCACUUUCGUCUUCGUUUUCGUCACAUGAGUCGUCGCCUAGACAACCUGUGAGUGAUGCUGAUUGGCUUGGCUUUGCUCUCUUUUAGAACAUCACACUAUUUUUGUUGCUCUUUUGGGUCUAUAUUUCCUUAGUAAAUGUAGUACUUAGUAGUUUACUGUAUAAGGAUAUGAGGGACUUUUAGUCCACAGUGAAAUGGAAUCGGUUAUGAUUCAAUUGACGUGGAGAAUAAGUAGGGAGCGCGAGAAGUAGCUGUUUAUGCCUUCAAAUACAAAAUGAGGGUAGCAUAAUCCAGUGAAUCAAUCACUUCCUUUUGUUUUCAUUUGAAUAUGUACGACGUACACACAGUUGGAGAAAAAAAAAUUCAUACUUGAGUUUGUUACA